AAAUACCGUGAUGACUUCAAUAGGCCUCUUUUUAUAGAUGUUGUUGCCAAUGGUGGACUCCUGUGGAUAAAGGUGGUCUGCAGAUGCCCUAACACGCUGCAGCUUGCGCACUGCACUGGAGGACGUACGGGCGAGAGGAACCCUCUUGACCAGGCCAGAGCGAUGCUAAACCUUGCUGCCCAGCAUCCUGUUCUCUACGCCACCCCUAGAGUGGCAUUCGUUUUCUGCAAAGGUGUGAGUGCUACAGUGCAAGACGCUCUAUGCAGGGAAGGAGUCCUGGUGUGUACACCUAGAGUCAUUGCCGACUCGUUAUUGCCGGCUUCGCAAUACCUGCCUGGAGUUGAUGAUUAUGAUACACAAAAUGAUGCCGUCAAGUUUUCGGAAAUGCACAAUAAUACAAACUCAUUUAUUGGCUGCGAGGAUCAAAUUAAAAAAAUAUCCAGUAUAAAUAACUAUCAUGAUGACGUAAUUGGCAGCAUAAACGGGACCGGCGAAGAAUCAGAAACUUUCCAAAACGAGAAUUUGAUUUUGUUAGAGCCUUGCAAUGAUCUGCAUACAAAUAUUCACUCUCGGUUAAGGCAGACAAUUGCACCGUUCAACAAAGAACCUCAUGAAAAUUUAUCUCCAUCUCAUUGUUACAGCACAUCGACAUCUUCUGAAAACAAUGGACAGUUCUUUGGUUGUCAAGAUGACUCAAACGUUUUACAAAAAUUGAAUACCUUUUCUCACGAGUUGCGUAAUCCUGGUUCUAAAAUGCACUGGCCUAUGUGCUCUAAUGAAGAAAUUUUUGAGAUGUGUUUUGAACUGCGUAAGUAUUCAAACAAAUCUGACCUGGCUCGGAAAGCAAUGAAAUCGCGGACAUUUGUAUCGCUAUGUGACAACUCACAUUUUUCAGAAAGUAAUUACAAUCGCGACAAUCUGAACAAAACGGUGUUGUCUCAGCCUGUUGGAGAGCAAUUACGUACCGAAGGCAGAAGCCAAGCAGAAUUUCCGUAUGUGGAAUCAAUUUUGUCAUCUCCGAGCUGUCAAGAGCCUCAAAUCAAUCAACAAUACGCAAGACCUGCAUUAGAAAAUUCUUCUGAAUCUUCUGUAGUUGAAGAUCAUGUCAGUUCCAGUGUCGAUUCAUCCGAAAUUGCUGAUUCUGCUUUGAGCAAAACUUCAAUGGAAAAACAGGAAUCGCUUAAAUUACUCUUGCCACUCAACGUAAAAUUGGAAAAGAAUCUGAAUCUUGAAUCAGAACCUGAUUCUAUAGUGAGUGCCGCAGAAUCGGCAGUCGAAACCAUCAAAUGUUCGAAAAAACUUGGAUCGUCAAAUCUUUGCCAUGACAUCGAGUCUGCAGUUGCUUCUUUAUGCUCGACUAAUAGUUUAGAAAUUAGUCACCAUGAUAAUUCCUGUCGGAAACAAGUGUGCCUUGAUGUACCGACCAUGAUCGCUUACAUCGCCAACACGAGCAACGGCUACAGUCACUGUCUUUUUGAGGACAAAUUCCUACGUCAGCAAGCGCUGUGGGAACAAGAGGAGCCUGUCAAACCCGUCAUUGAAAAGUACUGGCGAGAUUGCGAGAUUCUAGUGUGCCGAGAGGCUCUGAUGCGAUUUGAGAGCAUCGUCGGUGUCAUGGCCGGAGAGCAGGAAAUCCAGCGAGCGAAACAACUCGUUCAGCGUCUCACUAUCGUGCCUGAUCAAGAUGUACUCAAGGGAGUCUUGAGAGUGUGUGGAGGCAUCACAGUGAGUUCUCGUGCCAGAUCAACUUUUGAUGAGUAG